AUGAGCCCCCCGCCGCUACAUUGCAACUCGCCUGUCGACCCUCAAGCCGCCAAUGACAAUCCCGCCAAACCCUUUCAAAGUCCUUGGUUUGCUUACACGUCGGGACUGGCUUUUCUUUGCGGUGCGUCUCCAAGAUCUCAUGUGGAGUCAUUUAUGCUCACAUCAUUGACUGUCUCGCAGUGCGCCGAAUGCAGCUGGUCUUGGGCAGCCUUGGAUUUCUUCACGGUCGGUAUGACCACCACUGAGCUGGCCAUUGCCUUUGAUAAAAGCGUGGCCGACAUCACGUGGGGGCUGACCAUUACGCUCAUGCUCCGGUCUGUGGGUUCGAUUGGCUUUGGGCUUGCCGCCGAUAGAUAUGGGCGCAAGUGGCUGUUCAUCGUCAACAACGUCCUUUUUGUCAUCAUUCAACUGGGCACCGGCUUCUGCCAGAACUACCGCCAGUUCCUCGCCUGCCGUGCUCUCUUCGGGGUGGCUAUGGGGGGCAUAUACGGAAACGCCGUCGUCACCUCCUUGGAAGACUGCCCCUCUGAAGCGCGCGGUGUCGUUUCUGGACUUCUCCAGGCAGGUUACACAUUCGGCUUCAUCCUCGUCACGGUAUUCGCACGAGGGCUGGUUGACACGACUUCGCAUGGCUGGCGCCCACUGUACUGGUUCAGCGCCUGUCCUCCGAUCUUGUUCAUCAUCUUUCGCCUCUACCUGCCGGAGACGCAGGCUUUCCUCAACCGCCGAGCCAUUCGUGAGUCCUCCGACAGCGCCACCAAGACUUUCCUUCGGGAGACCCAGAUCGGACUCCGGCGCCACUGGCUGCUGCUAGUCUACCUGGUCUUCCUGCUUGGGGGUCUGGAGUUCCAAACCCACGGGAACCAGGAUCUCUACCCGACGAUGCUGAAAGCUCAAAAAGAGUUCUCCGCCGACGCGGUGACGGUCACCCAGGUUGUCGCCAGCCUGGGCGCCAUUGCGGGCUUUAUUGUCUUCGGAUACGCCUCGCAGAUAUUCGGCCGGCGCCUCAGCAUGAUCGUCGGGUCGAUCAUCGGCGGCGCUUUGUUGUACCCGUACACCUUUACCAACGGCACGGCCAUCAUCGCCCCAGCCUUCUUCGGCCAAUUCUUUAUCCUCGGCAUCUUCGGCAUUGUCCCCAUCUAUCUGAGCGAGCUGUCGCCGGGGUCCGUCCGCACCUUCGUCGUGGGCACGACCUACCAACUCGGGAGCCUGGUGUCGAGCGCAAGCUCGACCAUUGAAGCCACCCUCGGCGAGCGCUUCCCGCUUCCCAACACGUCGAAUGGCGUCCCGCGUUACGAUUACGGCAAAGUCAUCUGUAUCUUCACCGCCUGCGCCAUCGUCUUCGACGUCUUUUUCCUGUUGAUCGGCCCGGAAAAGCGCGCGGCGCAUCUGGAUGUUGCCCGCGAUGACGAUCUGAAACAUGUCGUUGGAGAGAACACGAUCGAAAACGUCCUCCACGCCGCGCCACGCACCGCCAACCAAGACAUUGAGAAAGCGCCUGCGUCGCAAAACAGAACUUGA